UCGCCCGCCGCCCCUCCCCUCCCGGCCCCCUGGGAGCGUCUCUGCGGCUCCGGGGAGGGGACGUUUCCUAAUCUCAGGCCGGGGUUAAAGUUCUGGUCCUGGUGAGAUGCUGGAAGCUGCGGCCGGAGCCGCAACCCGUCCCGGAGGUGUCCUGUCGCCUGUCGCCGCCGCCACUGCCGCCUUGCCGGGGCCAUGUUCGCCCUGGGCUUGCCCUUCUUGGCUCUCUGGGUGGCCUCGGUCGAGAGCCAUCUGGGGGUUCUGGGGCCCAAGAACGUCUCUCAGAAAGAUGCCGAGUUCGAGCGCACCUACGCGGAUGAGGUCAACAGCGAGCUGGUCAACAUCUACACCUUCAACCACACUGUGACCCGAAACCGGACCGAAGGCGUGCGUGUGUCCGUGAAUGUGCUGAACAAGCAGAAGGGGGCUCCUUUGCUGUUCGUGGUGCGCCAGAAGGAGGCUGUGGUGUCCUUCCAGGUGCCCCUAAUCCUGCGAGGGCUGUAUCAGCGCAAGUACCUCUACCAAAAGGUGGAGCGAACGUUGUGUCAGCCCCCCACCAAGAACGAGUCCGAGGUCCAGUUCUUCUACGUGGACGUGUCCACCCUGUCGCCAGUCAACACCACGUACCAGCUCCGGGUCAGCCGAAUGGACGACUUCGUGCUCAGGACCGGGGAGCAGUUUAGCUUCAAUACCACAGCGGCCCAGCCCCAGUACUUCAAGUAUGAGUUCCCGGAGGGUGUGGACUCGGUGAUCGUCAAGGUGACCUCCAGCAAGGCCUUCCCCUGCUCAGUCAUCUCCAUCCAGGAUGUCCUGUGUCCUGUCUACGACCUGGACAACAAUGUGGCUUUCAUCGGCAUGUACCAGACGAUGACCAAGAAGGCAGCCAUCACGGUGCAGCGCAAAGACUUCCCCAGCAAUAGCUUUUACGUGGUGGUGGUGGUGAAGACUGAAGACCAGGCCUGUGGGGGCUCCUUGCCUUUCUACCCCUUUGUAGAAGAUGAACCGGUUGAUCAAGGGCACCGCCAGAAAACCCUGUCAGUGGUGGUAUCUCGAGCAGUCACGUCUGAGGCCUACGUCGGCGGCAUGCUCUUCUGCCUGGGCAUAUUCCUCUCCUUCUACCUGCUGACUGUCCUCCUGGCCUGCUGGGAGAACUGGAGGCAGAGGAAGAAGACGCUUCUGCUGGCCAUGGACCGAACCUGCCCAGAAAGUGCUUCUCUCCUUGGUAACCCCCGGGUCCUGGCCGAUUCCUUCCCCGGCAGCUCCCCGUAUGAGGGUUACAACUACGGCUCCUUUGAGAACAGCUCCGGAUCCACCGACGGGCUGGUGGACAGCUCGGGCACCGGAGACCUCUCCUACAGCUACCAGGAUCGCUCCCUAGACCCUGUGGGCACGCGGCCCCGCCUGGACUCCAUGAGCUCCGUGGAGGAGGAUGACUAUGACACACUGACUGACAUCGACUCGGACAAGAAUGUCAUUCGCACCAAGCAAUACCUCUGUGUGGCCGACCUGGCACGCAAGGACAAACGCGUCCUUCGGAAAAAGUACCAGAUCUACUUCUGGAACAUCGCCACCAUCGCCGUCUUCUAUGCGCUUCCCGUGGUGCAGCUGGUGAUCACCUACCAGACGGUGGUGAACGUUACAGGGAAUCAGGACAUCUGCUACUACAACUUCCUCUGUGCCCACCCGCUGGGCAACCUCAGCGCCUUCAACAACAUCCUAAGCAACCUGGGGUACAUCCUGCUGGGGCUGUUAUUCCUGCUCAUCAUCCUGCAGCGGGAGAUCAACCACAACCGGGCCUUGCUGCGGAAUGACCUCUACGCCCUGGAGUGUGGGAUCCCCAAACACUUCGGCUUGUUCUAUGCCAUGGGCACAGCCCUGAUGAUGGAGGGGCUCCUCAGCGCCUGCUAUCACGUCUGCCCCAACUAUACCAACUUCCAGUUCGACACAUCGUUCAUGUACAUGAUCGCGGGGCUGUGCAUGCUGAAGCUCUACCAGAAGCGGCACCCAGACAUCAACGCCAGCGCCUACAGCGCCUACGCCUGCCUGGCCAUUGUCAUCUUCUUCUCUGUGCUGGGCGUGGUCUUCGGCAAAGGGAACACGGCGUUCUGGAUCGUCUUCUCGGUCAUCCACAUCAUCGCCACCCUGCUCCUCAGCACGCAGCUCUAUUACAUGGGCCGCUGGAAGCUGGACUCGGGGAUCUGCCGCCGCAUCCUCCACGUGCUCUACACGGACUGCAUCCGCCAGUGCACUGGGCCCCUCUACGUGGACCGCAUGGUGCUGCUGGUUAUGGGCAACAUUAUCAACUGGUCACUAGCUGCCUAUGGGCUCAUCAUGCGCCCCAAUGACUUCGCCUCCUACUUAUUGGCCAUUGGCAUCUGCAACCUGCUUCUCUACUUUGCCUUUUACAUCAUCAUGAAGCUCCGCAGCGGGGAGCGGAUCAAGCUCAUCCCCCUCCUCUGCAUCAUCUGCACCUCGGUGGUGUGGGGCUUUGCCCUCUUCUUCUUCUUCCAGGGACUCAGCACCUGGCAGAAAACCCCCGCGGAGUCCCGGGAGCACAACCGAGACUGCAUCCUCCUGGAUUUCUUUGACGAUCACGACAUCUGGCACUUCCUCUCCUCCAUCGCCAUGUUCGGGUCUUUCCUGGUGUUGCUGACCCUGGACGAUGACCUGGACACCGUGCAGCGGGACAAGAUCUAUGUCUUCUAGCAGGAGCCAGGGCCCUUGCUGUACUGACGGGGCCCUGAGCUCCCCCGCCUGCCCGCCCGGAGCCCUGUAGCUCUGGGGGCGUGCGGCCCACCCUGCGGCCCAGUGGGGGGACGGCCAGGCCCAAGCUGGGCUCGGGACAGUCACAGCAGCGAGCCUGGCCGCCGCCCUCUGCCAGAGAGGAGGCCUGCGCCCGUGAGACCCCAUAUGUUGGCCACUUGCUGCUGCUUCUCAGUGUUGAGGGUCUCUCAGGGGCCCUGUGCGUUGGCUCUCCGUCCGUCUGUCCCUCUGCAGGAGGAAAGAGGGAAGUGUUGCCCGGCCCAUCUCCUGCCUUGCACUCUGCCCGUCCCGCCCUCCCCAUGAGCCUACGACUGCGAGCCCUUUGUUCUCCCCGAGGCCAGGCCAGACCUAGCCGGGCUGGGCCUGAUUCUCCGUCCUGCACCAGGGCCCGACGGCUCUCGGGGGCCGGACCUGACUGCCGCGCCUGCCCGGCAGGGUGACCAGGUUUGGAGGCUGGCCACCUGGUGCCACGCUUCUGGUGCUAUGGCCUAAGAGGGGCUUUGGGCAGCGCUGCCUCCUGCCGCUGACCUGUGCCUGGGCUGGCUGUGUGGGAACAAGGGUCAGCCCGCGUGUGAGAGUCGCCUUUGAUCUGAGGGGCUGAGUGCAGAGGUCACCUGCUUUUCCCAUCGGCCCCCAGACUGAUGUUGGCACCAGCAUCAGAGAGAGCGAUCAGUUCAGCCCCUUUCCUUCCUUGUUCUUUCCGGGCCCUCAGUCCUGCCAAGCCCCCCACCGGGGGCCUUUCAGUGCCAUCGACACUGCCCAAGAAUGUCCAGGGGCAGAGAAGUGGGACGCAGGGCGCCAGCUCCGCUGGUCUCACAGCCGCGGGAGCCCCAGUGCCUAUCGGAGAGGGGGCUCAGGAAGGGACGCGGUCCUCCUGUCAGUGUCCCCCGUCCAGCCUCUCUCUAGGAUCCGGGGCUGGCUUCCAUGUGUCCGUCCUGUCUUUGGCCAAGUUUUGUGUUAGUCACACACACACACACGAAACCUUGAAGUUUACACCGAGCGGCCCCAGCUCUGGGCCCCACGGCUGCUCUGGGCCUUCGGUCCCCUUCCCCUCACUGGUCCAUUCCAGACGCCAAGACUGGGGACGGGAGUGCGUCAUCUUCAGCCCCACGUGUUUUUACAGCUCUCCCUUGGGCUGGGGGGCGGAGGGGGUUCUGGAUGUUUUUUCAGAACUGCGUUUAAUGUCUGUUUCCGUGCUAUGGUUGCAUUUCUGUUUCUAUGAAUGAGUCUGCAUUCGAUUAAAGAAACAACCAGAAGCAGU